AUGUGCAAUACAAAGAAUGCUUUUGAAAGCUGUUCUAUCCAAAUUUCAAAUGCUCUAUCAAAUCUAGUGGAGUUGAGCAUUGACUAUUGCAAUGAUUUGAUUAAAUUGUCUGAUGGAUUUUGUAACAUCACCACUUCGAAGAAGGUCAGUAUCAUAAACUGCCACAAGUUUUCUGCAUUGCCUCAAGAUUUUGAAAAGUCGGAGAAUUUGGAAGUGCUAAGGCUUUGUUCCUGCUCUGAUUUAGUAGAGAUGCCAAAAUCUGUAGGAGGCCUUAAAAAGCUACGUCGUCUCGACUUCCAAAGUUAUCCAACGAUAUUGGUGACUUGCAAAAGUGAACUUCCAAAGUUAUCGAACGAUAUUGGGGGCUAUUUAAGGGAACAUUUUCCUAACUUUCCCAAUCUAAAGAUAGACAUGCCUAAAGUAGAUAUUAGCUUAAACUUUCUACAUGGAACACAUUCCUGA